AUGGUGAACAUGAGCAAAUUUUUUUUUCUUUCUACUGUGCUAACUUUUUAUUUAUUCAGAACACAGAACAAUGUAAUAGCUAACACCACGACCAAACUCGCAAAAGAACAAAAUUUACCUUUUAUUAAGAGGGCUUACGAUAGUCCGCACGUUGAACAACAUGAAACUGUAAAACUAAAAAAUGUGAAUUACAAAAACAUAGUUAAAAAUAUAUUCAGAUCAAAGAAAAAAAUAAUAAAGAAAAGAAGUAUUAAUUUUGUUUCUCUUAAUGUACCGAAAACUUUGGAACUAAAAUUUAACGACCCAAUAAGUCUCAUAAGCAAUAUUUAUUCGAAAGAAAAAACAAAAUUUUUAUCUAGCUGUUAUGAAGAUAAUAAGGUGAAAAAAGUAGACAACUGUGAUAGAUUUACACUUUCAGAACAAAUAUGUGAUGCUCCUAUAGAAUUCAACCCCAGUAAUAAUUUUUCUAUCAAGGAGGAAAAUGAACUAUCUCCAAAAUGUUUAGUGGACAACAAAGCCGAAUAUCGCAUGAAAAGUAACCACCACAUUGUCCUCGAAUCCGGCGAACUUUUUGACUUAAAAAUUAAAAACGAAAAUUCUUUUUUGCGUACAUCCGUAAUUAUCACAAAAGAUAUAUGCAUAAACAAAGUAAAAUUAGUAAGUCCUUAUUUUCUAUUUAAAAAAUCUUUUAACACAUUUGGUUCCCCUAUAUUAUAUAGAGGAGAAAUAAUUGGUUCUACAUUUAAAAAUAUUAAAGUACAAGAUGUGAACGUUGAAGGGUUAUUUAAUGUGUGCUCUUGCUACGUAGACUAUACAUAUUAUUAUUAUAAUAAAUGCUCAAGAGCUAACAGUCAUUAUACUACCGUUUCAACUAUUCGGGUUAUACAAAAACAGAAGAACGAAAUACAUAUACUAACUGGAAACGAACUUGAUGUUAACUUGGAAAAAUACGUAACACCAUUCCCUAUUAAAAAAGCCUUUAUUAUUAAAAAUAUAAAAGGCUAUACUUGUAAUAAUAUUCAUAAUAAAUCUUUUAAUGAAAUACAACAAGAUUUUUAUAAUAAUGAAAAAAAACUGCACCUAUAUAACGUUUUUAUGUACGAAACGGAUAGUAAAACAUUUAAAGAAAAUAUCAUUUUCCAAAAACCGGGAACGUACCUAUUAUGUUACUCGUCAAGUGACAAUGGAACUGGAUAUUCGGCUCUUCUCUCUACAAUUUCUGUAAAUGGCUAUGACAUGAGCAAAAUUCAUUAUUUAUAUCUCGAUUUGUAUUCAAGUAAAUUGGCCUUGGGACAUUCGGUUAUUUUAUAUCGAUACAAUUUAAAUGAAUCAUUAGACGAAAUUUAUUUCAAAAAGAAACAAGUAGAUUCAUGUUCAGGUGAACACGUAAUUUAUUCAAAUAAAAUAUCAAAUAUUCCCAGAGACAAAAAUGCAGAUAUAUAUCUGGACACCAUAUAUAUAUCAGAUAUAUAUUUGAACGAGUAUGAUGGGAUAUUAGAAAUAUGUUCAAAAAAAAAGGACAAAUAUAGCUUAAUCGGAUAUGCUAUGGCAAAACCAUAUAUUUUACAUAAUCAAAGCGAUGUUAACCAUCUAUUAGAUUUCGAUCUUGCUCCUGAUGAUAUUAGAACCUAUGUUAUGCAAAAAGAAUCAUAUUUCUUUAUAUUUUUUCCUGAAUUAUUAGAAAUUUUUCGUACACAUAAUAUAAAUGAUAUAUAUAUAUCAUUUUUAUGCUAUUCAUCCAGAAACGAAAUAAUUUUAACCUAUAAUUUUGAUAAAAAUAUGACACCAUCCUUCUUUACCUAUUUUAAAAUAUCUAGUCCAUCUAGUUCUAUAUUACAUGUUACAAAAGAUGAAGCCAAAUUAUAUGUUUUAAAAAAAAAUAUCCAGACCUUAUAUUUAUAUGAUAUAACACCAGAAAAAGUAAACAAUAAAAGAACAAUUAUGAAAAAUAACCUGAAUGAACCCUAUGUUGAACAUAUAUUAUCGUACUAUUUAGAUUAUGCUGAUGUUAUAAAAUGUGAAAACUGUUUAUCUCCCAUUAUGAUGGAACCAAUAUAUGAUGAAAAUAAAAACCUAAAAUAUAUUUUCUUAAUGACAUCACAUCCAUAUAAUAAAUUCCUCAUUGUUGACUUAAAUUUUGAAAUCAUCUACAUGCAUAAUUCUAAUGUUGUAAAAAAUGCUAUAUUAACUAUUCGUGGGUUAAUUUUUACCUUAGAUGUAUUAAAAGAUUCUUCACUUCUUAUCAAUGAUAUUUCUUGUGGAGUUUUAAAAAAUGAAUUUUUAGAUUGUUUUUUAAUUGAUCAACUCAAUAACACAGUAAUAGCCAUUGAGUAUAUUAAAAACCAAAACGCAUUAAUUCUUAUAGACACUUUUCAAGCAGAAAACAAAAAUGACGAAAACGACGAAAACAUCAAACCUUAUGAUUUCGUAUAUGGUCAUUCAAACAUUUAUCUACAAAAACCCCAAAAUGUUCUAGUCUAUCCGUACGGUGAAUCUUAUGUUAUUUUUAUAAACGAGGGAGAUUCUAACGAAAUAAACUUACUGCUCUACGACAAGAGUAAACCCAACAGCAACUUUACCUACAUUACUAAAAUAAACAAUACAUACAUGGAUCAUGGAAAGAUAGAAAGAAUGUAUAAAUUCUAUGAUUGUAAAGAAUUAAUUAAUAGGAAUAUGUUAUUAAUUGUAAAAUACUAUGAGGGAGAUGUGCAAUUCAUUUAUGUCCCUAUAAGAAGCAUGUCGAAUAAGCUUCAGUUAAAUUACAAUUAUCCAUCUGUUAUACAAGAUAAUCAGGAGGAAUAUGUACUGAAAGUAAAAUCACAUGAAAUAAAAAAAAUGAAUCUACUUCAUAAUUUUCAAAUUGAUGUUCACAAUGUUGAUAAAUCACAGCAUGUUACAAUAGACAAACAUGACGGGACUGUUAAAAUUAAAUUAUCAGAAUUUGUUGGAGAUCCUGUUAAUUUUACUACUAAACGCUAUGGAGCUUUUACCGAAUUAAGCAUAAACAUAAACUUUACUGUAAUUUGUGCUGAUGGAAUGAAAGUACUAAAUGGAAAGUGUGUUCCUUGCUCAUUAGGAUCAUACAACAAUAUUGGAGAAUAUAUUAAACAUAAAAAUAUGUAUGAAUGUACAAUGUGUCAAAACAAUUCUACUACUAAAAAUGAAGCAUCCGUUUCAAUAACUCAAUGUUUAUGUUUACCAGGAUAUGAAUUAAAUAAUAAUGAUGAAUGUGUUCCAUGCAAAAGAGGGACAUGGAAAACAGAUAUUUCUAAUAUUCCUUGUAUUUUUCAUUGUUAUCCUAAUUCAUACAGUACAAUUCAGGGUAGUCGUAGUGAAGAAGAAAGUGAAUGCAGAUGUAAGGAGGGGUAUUAUUUUGUCUCUAAAGAUUCUACAAAUGUGUGUGAACCGUGUGACGUAGGCCACUUUUGUCCUGGAGGAUAUAAAGCUAAUAAAAUAAAAUGUCCAGAAAAUACUACUAAUAUAGUACAACAGAAAUUUUCUAUAAAAAGCUGUAAAUGUGACGCAGGUUUUGAAACUUUUGAUUCUUCAAACAUAAAUAAUUACAAUUUUAAGAAUAAUCCUAUUUUCGAUAACUACAAAGAUUUCAUACAAGUUAUAGAAAGUUCACAAGUGUGUGUACCAUGCAAAAAAGGAUUUUAUAAAAAUACGGUUUCAGCAGAAAAAUGCAAAAGCUGUUCUGCACACGUGAGCACUGAUGCUAUAAAAUCCACUUCUAUAUCUGAUUGUAACAAAUGUGAUAAAGGAUACUAUUUGCAUAAACAAGAUUCUUGCUUAUUGUGUCCAAAUAAUCACUAUUGCCCUGGUUCUGGUAUAGUGGACCCAAAAUAUGCAAUUUAUGAAAAUGAGAAAGUUCCCUGCAAUGAUAAAAGUUUGACAGAACAUCCAAAUGAAUUAAAUGUAUCACAGUUAAGUUGUCUGUGUAAAAAAGGAUUUGAAUUUGUAAGAACAGAGGAUAAUGAAUUCGACUGCUCGGAAGUACCUAAAAAUUAUUAUAAGUCAAAAUUGAGCAAUACACAAAAGAAUGCUUGCCCAGUAAACAGUAUUACGCUACAUACACAAACCAAAAGCAAAGAAAAAUGUAUAUGCAUGGCAGGAUUUUACUGGGAUAUUACUGAAUAUAAAUGUAUUAAAUGUCCUAAAGGGUAUUAUUGUCCUGGUGGAAAUUUAGAAAACUGUUUUAAAGUAAGGGCUUUACAUUUAUGUAAGCCUCAAAAAACAAAAUGUCCCAUAAAGAACUCUACAACACAAACUGAGGAAUCAUUCAGUGAAUCAAGCUGUUUGUGUGAUAAAGGUUACACUAUAAAUAAAGAAGCAUUAGGUGAAUGUGUUCAGUGUCCAGUUAAUACAUACAAAGAUGUUAUAUCAAAUGCGGAAUGUACUAUGUGCUUAACACCAUAUACGACAGAAGGACAAUUAGGAAGUACAAAGGAAGAAGAUUGUACAUGCUCAGGUGGUUAUUAUUUUUUUAAUCAUUGCUUACCAUGCAGUGAUAAAAAUACUUAUUGUAAAGGUGGGAAAAUGAUUGUAAAUAAUAAAAGUAAAACUUUUCACUAUGCUCCAUCAAAGUGCCCACCAAAUACUGUUGUGUCGUUUGAGGCAGAACGACCAUAUAAUCAAAGUUUCUGUGUUUGUAAAAAAGGAUAUAAGCACGUCUAUACUGCAAAUGAUUUUACAAAAAUAUGUGCACCAUGUGAACGCGGUUUUUUUAAGACAAUAAUUGGUGAUUUUACUUGUGAAUCAAAAUGUAAACCAAAUUCAACUAGUUUUCCUGGAACAAUGCAUGACACACAUUGCUUUUGCUUAGAAAAUUAUUAUUUCAAAAAUGGUAUUUGCUUAAACUGUCCUGAUGGAGCAUAUUGCGAAGGUGGGUUUGAAGAAGAAAGCAUAUUAAGUAUGAAAAAAAACGAAAAUUAUUUAGACUCUUCAAAAAUUAAACAUAUAAUGCCUGUUCCCAAAGAAAAUUAUGCACUAUAUAAACUAAAGACAAAUGUAUACAAUGCUGAUUGGUUUAUAGUAGAAUGUCCAAUUAAAGAAGCAUGUUUAUAUAAUGAAAAAUGUCAUGAAUCUAUGACGAACUUUCUAUGUGGGGAGUGUAAAAAAGGAUACACAAAUAACUUUUCUAAAUUAAACUUAUGUAUAAAAUGCAGUGGAAAUUUAAUGAACAUUCUGCACAUGAUUUUCGUUAAUAUUUUUGUACUAUUAUUUACAGUUAUUAUGGCAUAUUUAAAUGUCUUUACAGGGGCUAACAGAAAAUCUGUCCAUUCUAUUGUUAUUAAAAUUGCGGUGAAUUAUUUCUCUUGUAUGAAAAUUUUUUAUAUUAUGGGAACAAGCGAAAUAUAUUUCCCUCUUAAUUUUUCAUCUCAUAUUAACUACAUAAUUGAGAGUGUUAAAAGAUUGUUAAAAGCAAAAAAAAAUUAUGGCUUAUAUUGUAUAUUAACAAGUUAUUUCAAUUUAUCACAUUCAGAUGCUUAUUUCUAUGGAAUGGUUUAUUAUGCCUUUAAACCCAUUAUACUUGCUAUAAUACUAACAAUUUUAAUGUUCCUUGUUGUACAAAUUUAUAAGUUUAAAGUUAAGAAUGAAACAAAAAUAAAAUUAAAUGUAAUAGGUAAAAUUAAAGAAUUAGGACAUAAUCAAUUGUAUGAAGAAAUAAUGCACGAAUUACCAUCUGAAAGAGCCUUAGUGUUAUUCAGAUAUAUUCCAAUACCUGGAGAUUCAAAGUUUAAAAGAAUAAGAAAUUUUCUUGAGGACAUGAUUCCUAUGUAUGUCACAUUAUUAUUUUUUAUUCAUACAAAAACCACUUAUUCUAUGUUAACGUUGUUAGACUGUAAGGCAAUUUACUACAAUGAUAAAUUUGUAGAGCAAUAUAUGAGUUACGUACCUAGUGUAAAGUGUGAUUUAUCUAAAAGUUAUGCAAAAUUUUUUAUAUUAGGUAUUACAGGGACAGUAGUAUGGGGAAUUGGAAUUCCAUUGAUGUCUUAUUUAGUGCUAUAUAAAAAUAGAAAACAUUUACAUUCUGAAAGUAUAUUGUUUAAAUAUGGAUUCUUAAAUAAUGGUUUUAAUUUUCAAUUUUGGUAUUGGGAAUCAAUUGUAUUUUUAAGAAAAAUUUUAGUUUUAUUAAUAUCAUCUGUUCCUGUAUUUAAAACAGCUAGAAUAUUUGGUACCACUAUGUGGUUGUUUAUUAUAAUUUCAUCUCUUUUUCUUACAUUGCAGAUGAUACUUCAGCCAUUUGACUCAAGAAAUUAUCAUAUUUUAAAUAAAUUAGAAACUUAUAGUAUGGUUGCUUGGACCAUUACUCUAAUGAUAUUUGUGUUUUUAACUGUGUCUAAUGCUACUGCCACUACAAAUUUUUAUGUUUUGUUAUUUUUGUUAUUUUUCAAUUUUAUAUUUAUUGCUAAAGUUUUGGUGUCUCUGUGUCAUUCAUAUAUCGAAAAUUUAAGGCACAUAAAAAAAAUGAUUAAAUUCCCAUAUUUACGAAAAUUAUUUGAUAAAAUGUCAAAAAUUGCCGAAGAAAAAUAUUAUAAAGAGCCUAUAGUUUCUUUUAAUACUCAUAACAAUUCUAUUCAAUUUACAAGAAAAUAUAGAUCUCUUUUAUUCAGGAAUCAUGUGUUGACAAACGAAGAAAAAAAUUAUUUUCUUCAUGUUUUAUCAAAUUUUAUAUACUUUGGUGUGUUGAAUUUAAACUUUACCGUUUUUCAUUCCUAUUUUAUGGAAUUUAUGUUAAGAUUAUCGAUAAUUGAUAAUACAGUUCUUCAUAAAAAAGGAAAAAGUGGAGUUUUAAAAUUAAUAGCUAAAGAUCCAAAAAAUAUAGAUGAAUGGAUAAAAAUUAAGGAAUGUGAAUUAAACAAAAGAACAUUUUUCGAGAGACAUAAAAAAAUAUUGAAUUUAUUUACAAAAAAAUUCUUUAUUAUUCAAAGUAACAUCAAAAGAAUUAUAUAUAAAGGGGAUAAACAUACUAUAAUUUCUGAUUAUGAAGUGCUGAUUAAUGUUCUAAAAUAUGACGAAGAUUUUAUAACUGACUUUAAAUUUUUAUAUGAUGAAGAAGCUGUAAGAUCAGGAUUAAUUCUGUCCGACUUACAGUUGUCAUUUACAAAAUUUAAAAUGAAAGAUAAGAAAUUAAUUAUGCAGUUAUUUUCAUUGUUUGUUGCUAAAAAAAAUAUUGUGCAAUUUGAACGAGAUGUUCAACUUAAAAAUAAAAUUGAGCAGCUUCAAUCUUUAUAUGAAAUACUUAUAAAGGCAAGUGAAAAAAAAAAACUUACAUUUAGAAAAAAUGUUGAAGAUGCAAUUCUAGGCGAUCCAUAUGAUUAUAGGACAUUAGAAAAUGAAUUAUCAAUUUUAAAUGAUAGAAUAAAUAAUUUAAUUGAUAAUUAUCAAAGAUUAAAAGACAUUAAUUAUUAUGAAGAUGAACAUAAUUCUAAUGAUAAAACAGUUUUGAAUAAUGAUUCAGAACUUUUCGAUACAAAUUUAAUAGAGCUAAGUUUUAAAGAAAUAAAUAAUGAUACACAUAUAAUGGGAAAUGAUUUAGAAAGGGAUGAAAAACGAAAUAAAGAAAAUACAGAAAAUGAUGAUAAAACAGAAUAUAAAGAAUUUAGUGAAAAGAUAGAAAAAGAUCUUUGUACGCAAAAAGCUAUGGAAAAUACAAAAAAUAAUGAUGAAGAAAAGGAAAAUCAAAAAGAAGGUUAA